AAAAGUAACUUUGGUAACUGUCGGGAAAUGCAACUCACCGAUCGUGACUGGAGAUAUGCUUUUUGUUCCACCACCCUCAAGUGUGUCGUGUCAAAAACUCUAAUCCAGCAGAAAAGUUUCCUGCAGAAUGUCAUAUACAGCAGACUGCCGCACAUCCAAGGGGACACAGGACACUCCUGGGUAUGACGUGUCCUCACAACCACCAUCAUAUGAAGAGCAGCAACCUUUGAGCUACUCUUCAUUUGAUGACAAGACAGUGAGAAGAGCGUUUGUCAGAAAGGUGUUCAGCAUCCUGACUUUCAAGCUGCUAUUCACCGUCAGUGUGCUGUGUGUGUUCACCUUCUCCAGAGGUGAGGCGGAGCAGACCAACAUGUGCGCUUUCCUCAUCUCCAUCAUCCUCUUCAUCGCUGUCACCAUCACCCUCAGCUGCUGCAAGUCCUUCAAUCAGCGCCACCCCUGGAAUACCAUGGGACUGGUGGUGGUCACCCUGAGUUUGUCCUACGUGGUGGGAACCAUCGCCUCCUUCCACGACACCACCGACAUUAUCAUCACUAUGGGAGCAACGCUCAUCAUUUCUUUUGCAAUCAUUGCGUUCUCUGCAGAGACUUAUGACUUCAAUAUUUGGUACGGUGUUCUUCUGAUUCUGACUGUGGAUUUGACCAUGUUUGGGUCUUUGCACCUUCUUCUACUCCGAUAUCAGUGAUAUCGCCUGUGGAUGUUCCUGGAUGUCUGGGUGCUCUGCUGCAUUCACUGGUACAGGAGAAACAAAUAACUCCCUAUGCAAAAUGGCCUGUUUCAGAAGAAUAUAUAUUGUUGGAGCAUAGUUAUUGAUGCG